CUAAACAAAAUUCAUAUACCCAUAGUUAUACUUGAACUUAUUCGAGUUGAAAUCUAAUUAAUUAUCGCAAUUUUUGAAACAUAACCGUUGCUCCGAUCCCCGAAGCAGGCCCCCGCUCCGACUUCCACAGUUCCACUAGACUCCAUACCCGAUACCCCACCACUACCGCACAGUGCCGGCCAAAACUAGCCGUUACCCCGCCCUCUCCCUUUAUUCAUCCCCUCAUCGUAGUUCUCCUCAACAAUCGCUUACUCGCCAUUUUCCCUCUCACUGCAAAACCAACUCAAUCGAUAAGUUUCUUUCUCUUUGGAUUUCGGGAGCUUCGAAUUAGAGACUCUGUCUUCGUUUCUUUGGUUAUGGCGUCCAAAACAGCAGCAAAAGAUAUCAUCACGCUCAGAGGCUCCGCCGCCAUUGUCAGCGAGUUCUUCGGCUAUGCAGCAAACAGUAUACUGUACAAUCGAGGGGUUUAUCCAGAAGAGAGCUUUGGCAAGGUGAAGAAAUAUGGGCUUCCCUUGUUACUCACUAAAGAUGAAGGUGUUAAAUCCUUUAUUGCCAAUCUUAAUGCUCAGUUGUCAGAAUGGCUGGAAGCUGGGAAAUUGCAGAGAGUUGUUCUAGUGAUAAUGAGCAUGAAUACUGGUGAGGUUCUAGAGAGGUGGAAUUUCAGCAUCGAGACUGACAACGAAGUUGUUGAGAAAGGGGUUUCAAGGGAGAAGAGUGAUAAAGAGAUCAUGAGAGAGAUACAGGCAAUCAUGCGCCAGAUUGCUUCCAGCAUUACUUACUUGCCAUGCCUGGACGAACAAUGUGUAUUUGAUGUCUUGGCAUACACGGAUACUGAUGUAGCCGUCCCUUUUACUUGGAUGGAGAGUAGUGAUGCCAAACUGAUUGCCAACCCACAAAUGGUGAAGCUUCAUUCAUUCGAUACCAAGAUUCACAAGGUUAACACUCUUGUUUCGUACAAGAACGAUGAAGAAGAAUUGGAUGAUGAAGAGUAGAACCGGAUGAUGAAGAGUAGAACCGGAAUUGUUUUCGAGAUUGGUUGUUUCUUGCUUCCCCCCUGCAUUUUCUGCUGUGAAUCUUUUAUUCACAUCUUGAAAGAGUUUGCAUAAGAGACUGCAGAAAUGAUGAGUGCUUUGUAGCUGUUACAUGUGUACGCCUCCGUGGUCUUUGUAGUGAGAAGAGGAACACAAAAAUUAUGAUUCUUUGCUGUUUUCCUUAUCGCACAAGGAAGAAAAUUUUCCAGUGGCUUAGGGAAUUAGAACCGACCAAGCUGCAUAUAAACUUCAUUUCCUUUUCAUAGAAGGAAUCUGCCGAAAGGAAUUCCAUU